UGGGCAACGUGCUCGUCAUGUUCGGCAUCGUCCGGUACACUAAGAUGAAGACGGCCACCAACAUCUACAUCUUCAACCUGGCCUUGGCUGAUGCACUCGCCACCAGCACGCUGCCCUUCCAGAGUGCCAAGUACCUGAUGGAGACCUGGCCUUUCGGGGAACUGCUCUGCAAGGCCGUGCUCUCCAUCGACUACUACAACAUGUUCACCAGCAUCUUCACACUCACUAUGAUGAGCGUGGACCGCUACAUUGCUGUCUGCCACCCCGUCAAGGCCCUAGACUUCCGAACACCUGCCAAGGCCAAGCUGAUCAACAUCUGCAUCUGGAUCCUGGCCUCAGGUGUUGGGGUCCCCAUCAUGGUCAUGGCUGUGACCCGACCCCGGGAGAAGAGCUUAGUGGCUGAGGCUGAAAAUUCACAGCACCAACAACAGAAAGAAGAAGGUGAGGGAGCCACAAACUCAGGUCAACAAGAGACUCAGCUGGAAGAGGCUUCACAAGCAGCAGCUGAGGGAGAUAAGCAGUGUGAGCAGAAGCUGAAAGCGUCCAAUGGAGACACUCCUACACACGAAGACUUGACCAAGAACAAGGAGCGGGCAUCGGAAAGCAGGGGCCUGUCACGACUGCUCUCCUCACUUCUCAAAAGACCCAAAUCUCAGGUCUCUGAGGAAGACGACAAAGAGGUAGAAUUAGAUAAAGAAAAAGGUGAUGGUGGUCACAGAGAGCUAGAAUUUGGAACCAGCCUUGAUGAAGAGAUUAUUUUAAAGGCCCCCAUUGCAGCUCCUGAACCUGAGCUCAAGACAGACCCAUCGUUGGAUCUUCAUUCAUUAAGUAGUGCAGAAACACAGCCAGCUCAGGAAGAGCACAGAGAGGAUCCAGAUUCUGAAACUAAGGAAGGAGAAGGAAUUGAAGAGUGCUCCAAAGCAGAAGUAAAAGAAGACCCCGAAUCAAAAGCAGAAAGAGAAUUCCAAGCUUCCCAGAAGUCUGUCAGAAGACAUAGAAACAUGCACUGCAAGGUUUCUCUGUUGGAUGACACAGUCUAUGAAUGUGUGGUGGAGAAACAUGCUAAGGGACAGGAUUUGCUUAAACGAGUAUGUGAGCACCUCAAUCUUUUGGAAGAAGACUACUUUGGCCUAGCUAUUUGGGAUAAUGCAACCUCUAAGACAUGGCUGGAUUCUGCCAAAGAAAUAAAGAAACAGGUUCGAGGUGUCCCUUGGAAUUUCACAUUUAAUGUGAAGUUUUAUCCUCCUGACCCAGCACAGUUAACAGAAGACAUAACAAGGUACUAUUUAUGUCUUCAGCUUCGGCAGGAUAUCAUUGCAGGACGCCUGCCCUGCUCCUUUGCAACCUUAGCAUUACUAGGCUCUUACACUAUCCAGUCUGAGCUUGGAGACUACGACCCAGAACUCCAUGGCGUGGAUUAUGUUAGUGAUUUUAAACUGGCUCCAAAUCAGACCAAGGAACUUGAAGAGAAGGUCAUGGAACUACAUAAAUCAUACAGGUCCAUGACUCCAGCUCAGGCUGACUUGGAAUUUCUCGAGAAUGCCAAAAAAUUGUCUAUGUAUGGAGUUGAUCUUCAUAAAGCAAAGGACUUGGAAGGAGUGGAUAUCAUCCUAGGGGUCUGCUCUAGUGGCCUUUUGGUUUACAAAGAUAAGUUGAGAAUUAACCGCUUUCCUUGGCCCAAAGUGCUAAAGAUUUCGUACAAACGUAGCAGCUUUUUCAUCAAGAUCCGGCCUGGCGAGCAAGAACAGUAUGAAAGUACCAUUGGCUUCAAACUCCCCAGUUACCGAGCAGCUAAGAAGUUAUGGAAAGUCUGUGUUGAACACCACACAUUUUUCAGACUGACUUCUACAGAAACCAUUCCCAAAAGCAAGUUUCUUGCCCUGGGAUCCAAAUUUCGAUACAGUGGACGGACUCAAGCUCAGACCAGGCAAGCCAGUGCUCUAAUUGACAGACCUGCCCCACACUUUGAGAGAACUGCAAGCAAGCGGGCAUCCCGGAGCCUUGAUGGAGCAGCAGCUGCCGAGUCUGCCGACAGAAGUCCUCGGCCCACGUCUGCACCAGCCAUUGCUCAGAGUCAGGUUACAGAAGGCAUGGGGCCAAAGGCACCUGUCAAGAAAACACAAAAGGAAGCCGUGAAGGUCGAGGUGAAAGGGGAAGGGGAAGAAGAGUCCCCUGAGCAGCCUGAGCCUGAGCCCACUGAAGUGUGGAAGGUGGAAAAAACCCACAUCGAGGUCACAGUACCCACCUCAAAUGGUGACCAAACACAGAAGCUUGCAGAAAAAACUGAAGAUCUGAUAAGAAUGAGGAAGAAAAAGAGAGAGAGACUAGAUGGUGAAAACAUUUAUAUCAGACAUAGCAAUUUAAUGUUGGAGGAUUUAGACAAGAGUCAAGAUGAGAUCAAAAAGCAUCAUGCCAGCAUCAGUGAGCUCAAGAAGAACUUCAUGGAAUCUGUACCAGAACCGCGGCCUAGCGAAUGGGACAAGCGCUUAUCUACACACUCCCCCUUCCGAACUCUGAACAUCAAUGGGCAGGUCCCUACAGGAGAAGGAGUGAAGAAAACCUCUAUGCUCCCCUUGGAAAGAAAGGUUGGUGGGCCCGAGAGUGUAAAUGGCAUUCGCAUAGAGGAGGUGGCUGUCGUGACAAAAGUGUCGUCCACCUUCCCUGCCUCUGAAUGGGAGGGCCCCAAGCAGUCAAUAGUUCCUAGUAAGAGCCAGAUGACCACCCCGUCGGAGUCUCCACAGAGCUUUGGCAGCAAGGAGACAGAAGAGAAGGAGCAGGGGGCAGCUGGCUCUCUUGAUGUUGAGGAGAUGCCAAGAGGCCCAAAUGGGGAAUGUAUGGGAGUGGAGGAACAGGCCAAUUGCUUAAUGUUCUCAGUAACACCAGCUUCCUGUCAGCUGCAACUUGGUGACAAAAAGGCAGACAGUAGUGAAGAACUUGUGGCACCAGGAGAGACCCUUGAAAAACAAAACGGAUCAUUUCUUGACUCUGGUGGGGGUAACCAGUUCCCCACCCUCAUUCGAAGUUUCCAGCCUCCCCUGGUGAAAACUCAGACUGUCACCAUCUCAGAUACUGCCAAUGCUAUGAAAAGUGAAAUCCCAACCAAAGAUGUCCCUAUUGUCCACACUGAGACCAAGACCAUCACCUACGAGGCUGCUCAGACUGAUGACAGCAAUGGGGACUUGGACCCAGGAGUCUUGCUGACAGCUCAGACCAUUACAUCUGAGACUACAAGCAGCACUACCACGACUCAGAUAACCAAGACUGUAAAAGGUGGUAUUUCAGAGACUCGGAUUGAAAAGAGAAUUGUGAUCACAGGAGAUGCUGAUAUUGACCAUGAUCAGGUUCUUGUACAAGCCAUAAAGGAGGCAAAGGAGCAGCACCCAGACAUGUCAGUGACCAAGGUGGUCGUCCACCAAGAGACCGAGAUCUCUGAGGAGUGAGCUCAGGAACUCCCCUCUCCCACCCUCUGCCUUUUCCCAUUCAAGAGAAACCAGCAGAUGGUAAAGAAGGCAGCCAUCAAUAGUCAGCCAUCAGGCUUCAAGAUUACUUCAUACCACAGAAAAUUAUUUCAUUUUCUAUUUGGAAUUUAUACCAAGAGAUUCUUCUAGACACCACUAAUCCUUCGGAGGACCUUUAUCUAUAUUGUGAUACCAGAAAUUGUUCAGUUUUUCACUCUAUGAACUGUUUUUAAAGAGUUUUGAUUUUUUAUGAGGUAGUUGGUAACCCCUUCAACCUAGCCUCUCCUCACUGAUUUCCAGCCCAGACACCGACAGGGUCCACACACUUUCCUGGGACCCUCCAGAGACUCUGUCAGCUGAGUUGGAGGCCAAAGCCGCUCCUCUCCUAGCUUUAUACCCUUUGGAUAACAGCAGAAACUCACAAGCCAAUCCUUCCUCAGAGCCAAUAAUGUGACUAUCAGAAUGUCAGUCAGGGCAAGUGCCCUGACCUACAGACCCCAGAAACGCUUUUUUUGUCCAGGUGUUUGGCAGGGCAGAGGCCUCUGCUGAGCAGGCGCCCUUGCUUUCCUCCUCCGUAGUGUUCCUGUUUGGAGCUUCUUUAGGUCCAAGACACGAGAAGUUGCUUCAGAUAUAUCUGAUACUGUGAAUGUUUGAACAUAUCUGUGGCCUUCACCUCCCCAACUGCCCUUGUACCUCAUCGGAAGCAGUGGCUCUGCCAAGCGCUCCCCCAUGCUCCCAUCUCAGGAGACUAGAACUCAUGGAAAAAUAGGCACUUUUGGCCAAAAGCACCAAUGGAACAUUUUUAGUGGUUGUUUGGGGAAGAAAAGUUAAUGAGGUUUUAGAAAUAAGGUUUGGGAUGUGUGCACUUCACCCAGGGGAAUGACAGAGCUUCUCUCUGUUGGAUCCUGUUAAAGGGAACUUGCAGGUGCCCGUGCCCAUCUUUCAUGUGGCAUGAUUAUGGGCAUAGUUCAGAGAGGAGGUCAUGUUCUUUGACCCUUCUCUUGACAGGCACCUGCCUGAAGACAUCCUUCCGGAGUAAGGGUGUUUAAUGUCCUAUAAUGGCCGUCCCCGCAAGACACCGUGGGAGAAGAGUGCUCAUUCCCACUCACGGCCCUAGCUGUCAGGAUUUGUGGGCUUGAUUUUCUGGUGGGUUUUGGAUUUUGUUUCUUUUUUUGUUUGGUCUUAGAAAAGGAGAUCCAAUGUCCCUAAUUUAUGGUAAGGAUUAUUUGGGGGCAUCUUUAUUCAGCAGGGCUUUCUAAUCCUCCAGCUCGCUUCCCCAAAACAUAUCUGCCUGGAAGCUUCUUAGAAUCCUAAUUCUAGGCCAGAAAUGAACUUCAUGAGAUUAGACAGUGUCACUGACAGCAAUUGCUGGAGGCUGAGGGCAGUGACAAGAGUGAAGUCACUAGCCAGCAGCACACAUCCAGUCUCCACGAACUGAAUGCUCUGUAGACAAACUCAGCUGGUUUGAACUGAUUUUGUGUGCACACAUUUUUCUUUUAGCUCUUAUGAGACUGUUAUUACCAAUAGGCAGCUUAUUCUAAGGAGAGAUUGGAGGGCUUAGGUGUGAUGGGACAGGUUGGGGACCCACUCUCAGCAGCAAACUUACAGGCUGCAGUUGUGUCUGAAAAGAUGAGGGCCAAGGCACACCAAGGAGGGCUGUGAAGUUACAACUCCUGUCAGGCCAGCUUGCAGCAUAUGCUUGCUUCUACAGGCUUAGGAGGGGCUGCGGGGGCUCAGGGCUGAAACCUGGGGUGAGGAGGAUGGAGGAAGUGGGCUUUGGUCCAUUCAGCACUGUUCUCUGCUACUGGAAUCAGUGUGGCCCCAUUCCCAGCACCAAACCUCAGACCUGGGGGCCAAACUGUCCUCCCCUCUGCUGCCUUUGCCUGUAAGUUGGACCCAAACGCUCAUGUCCUUCCAGACCUCUUCCCCUCUCGCUCACUCUGGCAACAGAUCUUGGGGGUAUGGCGAUUGUUUGGGUGUUUUUCUUUCUUUCUGCAGUAGUGUGUGUGAAGAACAGACUCUGUCCAGGUAGAAAUAAAUGGUGAGGAGGAGAGAAACUACAUCUGCAGGGUCAGAGGCUUGGCAGUAGUUUUCCUAAAGUGACUCAGACACACCACAGUAACAACUCUCACUGCAAUUUUAUUUUUACUUCAGAAGUAGAUUUCCUUCAAACCACAUGAGAUCUCUGCCACCCACCCACAAAGCAAGACCUAUAUUCCCAAACUGAAGCCCCAGGGGACCUACUCCAAGGACCCAUGGGGUGUCUUGCCCCUCCCCCAGGCCAGCAGUGCUUUCUGGGGGAUACAGAGCCAGUGAAAGCUGAAGAACCCAGUCCACCUUGGAAAAUUGAGCCAUGGAGCUGUGGCCUGGCUGACACCCCUCAACGCUUAUGGAAAUCUCUGCCUAGGGUCUCAGCCCCAGGCUUGUUGUUUUUACAAAUCUCUCUCAAAUGUAUUAUUUUGAUGACAAAAAUGAAGGAGCUUUGUAAAUUUUUUUAAAAUUAAGGAUCAUAUCAAGUAGUUGUUUACAUUUCUUGACAAAAUGGGAACGACGGGCAGCAGAAUCAUAUUGGUAAAUCCUUAGGUGAAAUAGGCAAUAAUCAGGUCUGCUGUUUUGGUCUUUCAUAGGAAGAAAAGUGGUUGUAGUGUUUAGAUACGUAUUUGGUCUUGCUUCUUGUAUUGCAUUUUUCAAUAAACUUAAAAAAAAAAAAAAAAACUCGAC